CUUUUGUUUUGAUAUUUGACGUUUGUCUAAUUUCUACGAACUUUGUUUAACAAGAUUUUAUUGAUAUUUUAUUGUAAGCGUUUAUUAUAUACCAAAAUGCCGUUGCUGGAUAUAAAUAACCCGGCGGUAAUAAUAUUUCUACUAGAAAACUACGAGAAGGAAAAUCGUUUACGGCUCAAUUGGAUUCAUAAGCAUCGCGAGCAGAUCCAACAAGCAGCGACCCUAUCUCGUGAACCAACAAAUUAUUUUGAGACAGAUGUGAUCGCUCACGAUAUGAUUGGUGGUAUGGCCACAAUAACUCGCGAUCAUGUCGUUGCCGGAUAUAACAGGAAGAAGGUACCCAUACGCGAUGGAACAUUCAUUCCAGGCGUGAAACAUCUACGUCACGGCCACUCGAUAGUUGAUGUUGGCCUUGGUGAUCCCAAAGAAGACCCGCGCUUGGUACGACCCGAUACCGAACUCUCCAGUGAUCCGAUUAUGCGUCCUGUAGAGCCUGAAUUAAGGGAAAUUAUCUAUAAAGACAAACCCGAGUUCGGUAGGAAGCAGUAUUUGGUAAAGAGAUCUAAAAUACGCCCUGAGAAUAAGUACUAUUUCGCUGAAACCGGUGGCAAUGUGUAUGGAUGGCGAAUGAAGGAUAGUCAGUUACACCAAAAGCCUUUGUUUGGCCGGUGCUGGCACCUGACUAGAACCUUACGCACCCGUGUAGGACCUCAGCCAGACCCACCUCACUACAAGUCCUCUGAACCUCCAGGCCCCAGUAGUUGUUUAGGAAUUUGAACAGAUGGCGUUAUUCUUUAUUUAUACUUUUAUAGAUAUUUUAGAAAUAAAUUUGUAAGAACCUAAAGUUUUUUGGUGUCGCAUCAAAAACAGUAGAGAAGCUAUGUAUUAAUAAUAUAUUUUCUGUCCUAUAGUAAUGUCAAUACAUUGCUGCGCAUGUUUCCGUAUUGCGUGCUUUUAAUGUUACCAUUGGGGUUGGAUUGGAGACGGAAUGCUUUAGUUCGACGCAUGCGUAAAAUCAAUGGUUUUUCCCGUCGCAGCUCACGUUAACCAAAGUAGGACUGCCUAUAUUAGGCAGCACUUGCUUCAUGUAAAUUAUUCUGUGAUUUAGAAAAAUAUUUAGGCUAGUUAUAAAUUAAAUUAUGAAUGCUCUGUUCUACGACAAAGCUUUUAUUUAGUGAACUCAAUAGUUUCACAGUGGUUUAAGAAACCAAAUAAAGUGUUAGUGGGAGAAAAUAAUGAAAAUAAUUAAGGAUAAUCUACAAUUCACGGUUUGCAGCUAAUCAAGAUUUGAACAAUGUCAAAAU